GUAUACGAAAGUGAUCUUGAAGUGCGUCGCACAAACGAACUUUCAAGACGACGUACGCGUAUUUACUGCGUGGUUAUUGUUGAUUCGAUAGUUGAUUCUGUUUGUAACGCUUGGUUACGAUUAACGCGAUGACGUCCAUUAAAACGUUGCCUCUAGUGGAAGGCGCAAGAUUAAUUGUUCUUGACGAAGGUGCGAUACUAUUUUGUUUACGGAAGAAAGACACGCGUGUUGUCAGAAUUAAAUUUUUUUAAAAAUAGAAGUGAAAAACAUUUCACGGUCUUACAUUUCUGAUAAUAUUACUUCGAAAUAAAUGUCAGAUUACCCGAAAUAGCUGCAACCGAGUAGACGCGAUGUAUGCGAGAAAAUUAAUCGCAGGAUGGAUACAAAUGUGGAAAGAUAAAGAUCGUAGUCACACUUUCGACUUAUUAUUAUUUUCGGAUCCGAAGUCUACGUACCAACAUGAACCUGAACCCUUCGUGUCAAGUAACGUGAACAUAUGCGACUAUUACACGAUCGAUAUACACACGGUUGACAUAAAUGCUAUUCACAAGGAGGACUUUGAUAUCCUCGAAGAUAUUUUAAAAACUACAGAGGUAAAAUCCACGGUAAUCGUCGACUGUUUAACGUCUUUAAUUUUAUUUGUCGGUCUGUCGAAAGCUUUAUGGUUCUUAGAAAGAUUAAGUAAACAAGUACAACAAGUAAUUUGCAUUUAUAGACGAAACUUUGUACAAAAUAAAAUACCGUGUAUUCAAACGUUAGGUACCACGUACGUAAGAAUAGAAAAGUCUCCUGGUUCGCGAACAAAUACUAGUUUUAAUUAUAUGGUAGAGUUUAUACAUCGUAAAAUAGGUGGUACAAUUUUACGACAACGGGAGAUAGUGAAUCAAAAUAAUAUAUCUUAUGAAAUUCAAUCUGAGAAAAUCGAAACGCAUGGUAAAAAGUCAAAUUCCGUGUGCGAAAAUCAUAAACAAACAAUAGAGUCUUCGUUUAGAAUAGAAAUGAACGAAAAUGAAAUGAAACAAAGAAAAGAAAUGGUGUUACCAUAUACGUUUAAUGUAAACACAACUAACACGUCUAAAAUUCAUUAUCAAUCGGAAGAUAUAGACGAUAUCGACGAGGAAGAUCCAGAUGAUGAUUUAUGUAUUUAAUUUACUGCUAUAUAUAUACAUAAUAUUAGGAGGGAUU